ACAAUGUUUGAUACAACAAGUGUUGGAGUGCUUCCAAAGGAAGUCAAUGUGGAUAAGAACCAAGGAACUAAGUACGAUUUCAAAAGAGAUUUGAUCGGAUACGGAAGGCAAGGAUUAGAUUGUCAGUGGCCUGAAAAUCGCAAGGUAGCUGUAUCUUUUGUGCUUAACUAUGAAGAAGGAGCUGAAAGAUCUUUAUCAUUAGGAGACGAAACAGCAGAGUUUUCAUUGAGUACACCAUCAAAAACUGGGCCCUUGCCAAACAGAGCCUAUGAUAUUGAAACUGAAUAUGACUAUGGAUCCAGAGCCGGUGUAUGGAGAAUUUUAAGACUUUUCUCCAAGCAUGAGAAUAAAAUUACUGCUUAUGCUGUGGGUAAAGCAUUUGAGAGAAACCCUGAUGUUGCAAACGCUUUCGUCAGAGAUGGUCAUGAGAUUGCCAGUCAUGCCUAUCGUUGGAUUCCCUAUGCAGAUGUGGCACCUGAAGUUGAAAAAGCUUACAUUUUGAAAGAGUUGGAAGCUUUGAAAGAAACAACUGGAGAAGAUGCUCCUGGGUGGUAUAUGGGGAGACUUUCACCACAAAGUUGGGCAUUGAUCUGUGAGGUUUAUCGGGAAAUGGGAAAGGAGUUACCCUACAUCAGUGACUACUAUGGUGAUGAUGUCCCUUACUGGGCAGAUAUCCCAGCUGAACAGGAUCUUCCUGACAAUGAGAAGAAAGGUUUGUUGUUGGUACCAUACUCUUUCGAUUGCAAUGACUACCGGUUUUUGAAUGCCAAUGGGUUCAGGUCAAUCCAAGGAUUCUACGACCACUUAAAGAAUGCUUUUGAUACGCUUUAUGCAGAGGGUGGUAAGAUGAUGACUGUUGGAUUACAUUGUAGAAUAAUCGGUAGACCGGGUUAUUUUCAGGCAUUGAAGAAGUUUGUGGAAUAUGUCAACAGCCAUGAAGACGUUUGGGUCUGUUCCAGAUCUGAUAUCGCUUCUCACUUUAAGAGUAAAUAUCCAUAUAAGCCAUAGAUUACAAUUGACAUGUCGUACUGAAUCUGCGUAUAAGAAUAGUUAUCAAAUGAAUAUCGUAGGAUAAUAUUCCGUAGGAUAAUUACAUAAGGAUCGGAUGUUUGCCGACCAUAUCGGCUAUGGAAUAUUGCUAUUGGAAGAAUCCAAUAAAGAUAAGAAAGAUCAAUUGC